AUGAGUUCGGCCUGGAUAGAUAUGAAAGUAAAGGAAACUUAUCAUACAUCAUAUACUUUGAGAUAUAAAUUUGUUUGGGUUCUACUGGUGAUAGUGACCUUAAUAUUGGAAGGUGUCUUGAAUCGAUCUACUCCAUAUGUCAUUAUGAUCCCUAUUGGAUGUCAAUUCAUAGUUUAUUGUACGAUGAUGAAAAUUUUAUAUGAUGACAAUAAGUAUUUUAACUAGAGUAGAAAACAAUUCAGGAGAUUUGUUCGUUAUCCAUUUUUAUUUUAGAUAUUGUAAACUUUAAAUAUGAUUCUGCUUGGAAACACAGUAUGGAUUAAUCUAAUUUAAAUUUUUCUUCUUUUUUCUUUUUAUGAAUACCUUGUAGAUAAAGCAUGUAAUUUAUAAGUAAAAGAUCUAAGAAAACAUAUUGACAAUUGUGAGAAACUAAACAUCAUAUGCAAUUCAAAUGUUAAUUUGAAUCAGCACAUGAAUAACAAAUAAUUUUUGGAUGACUCCCCUAAUUUACAACAUACACUAUUGUAGUAAUCAAACGCUGUGAGAGAUACUCCUUAAUUUGAUAAUUUUGGCACUGAUAUUGAAAGUGAUUCAGGAAAUGAAGACCAUACAAUUAGAGUAUCCUUUAGCAAAAAGUCUGAGAUAGGAAAUAUCACUAUUAAUAAUUUAGAUAAUGAGAAAUAUGAGAUCAAUUACUAAUACAAAGAAAAGUAAAAGCAUAAGGUCGUGGAAGUUUCAGAAAUGAACAAAUUCAUGCAAUUACUAAAUUUGAAUGAGUUUUCUUAGAUUUGGAAUGACUAAAAUAGACUGAACUAUUUUAUUCAGUAUUUAGAAUCAAAAAACAAUCAAAUAUGGUGUGAAAACUUUUCAAGAUAAGAAAUUAUUGAUACAUUUAUGCCUAAAUCAUCACAGUGA